UACAAGAUGUCUGCUAGUGCUCGGUUGUCCGCUCGAUUUGUGUGGAGGGCUCUUACUGGCGUUUUCAAGCGUAAGAAAACCGGAGGAAAUGGCUCAAUUGGUGGUGGAGGCCUCCCGAAAAGUAAUCCUCCAAUUAGCAACAUUCCAAAAUCUGGUCUCAUUAGGCCUGCUGCUGGUCUUUUCUUUCAAGCUGCUCGUUUUGCAUUGUGGUGGUCCAAAUAUAAGGGUUACAUUCAGGGUGGAACCCAGAUUUUAGCUUUUGGACUUUCUACCUAUUGCUUUUUCACAAUUUCCAAAAGGCUGGGAAGCUUGGAGCAGAAGGUUGAACAGGUUGAUCGUAACUUGGUCAUUGCUAAUGGGGGAAUCAACAAUAUUAAUGCUGAUUUGGCAGAGAUAAAGGGAAGGAUGGAUGCUGUCAUCGCGACCAGGGCAACCAUUGCAGCAAAUCCAUGGCUGUUAUUGGUCAGGACCUGAUGGGCCUUUUGAGGUGAAGCACGAGCACUGCUAACCUCCUUGACACUUCCUUCUUGUACAGCCCUAUUAAUCAACCUAGAGAGGACCUCUUUACAUAAGAUGAACAUGUACAGCAAGAUGGGGUCUCCCUGGGAUCAAACUUUAGAAACAACUACCAUUGAGAAAUAAUCUGUACUUGACACUUGACAGUUGAUAUGCACUAGUAAAUCCAGUUUAUGAAUAUCUGAUUGAAGUCAAAUGCUUCAAAAUUUCCAUAUUAAGACCCCAGUCCAUUUUAUCAUAUGCUUUCUAAAUAUCUAGCUUUAAUCCAAUCGUACCUUUCUUUCUUUUUGUGGAAUUGAAACAAUGGACAACUUCCUAAGCAAUUUGUAUAUUUUAUACUAUCCACUUUUCUGGCACAAAGGUUGAUUGAGCGGGGUUUAUCAUUUUGCUAAGCAGAGGUUUGAGUCUAGUAGCCAAGAUUUUUGAGAUUAUCUUGUAGCUCACAUCACACAAGUUGAUGGGGGCAAAACUGGCCAAAAUGGUGAGCUCCUUAUGUUUUGG